AUGUCGUUUACGCCACCUCCGGGAUCUAACAAAGAACCAGCUGCGCCCGCGAACCGCCACAACAGCUUUGACCUGCUUGACCCGCAAUUCGAGGACUCCCUGGACGCCGCUCUAGAGUCCCUACAAAUACAUUCCGAGGGCGCUCCCACAGGCGAAGACUUCGAAAUGAAGAGCAUUGCCAGCAACGAUAAUCACAACGCGGGCCUCCACUCUGAUACACAGCCCCUCAUCAACGAUGGGCUGGGCCCAAACGACUCCUGGUCGCGAGGCUCUCGCAACAGUCACAGCGCCGAACACAGGCAGCCUUUUUGGUCAAGGAUAACCGGUAUUGUACGCUCAUCGAGCACCCCGCGGUCGUCCAAAUACAAAUCAACAGGCAAGUCUAUACAACUUACAGACCAGCAGCUUGAAAGGGAGAUUCACCCUGGAACAACACCGAUCUAUGACAAAUACAAGUAUGCAGCAAACGCUGUGUCCAAUGCAAAGUACAACCCUGUUACUUUCAUCCCAGUAAUACUGUAUGAGCAGUUUAAGUUCUUUUUCAACCUAUACUUUCUAUUGGUCGCGCUAUCGCAAGCCAUUCCAGCACUGCGAAUCGGUUACUUAUCAUCAUACAUCGUGCCACUGGCUUUUGUUCUCAUCGUUACAAUGAGCAAGGAAGCUUUAGAUGACAUACAAAGAAGGCGCAGGGACAGCGAAGCUAAUAACGAGCUUUACGAGGUUCUGAGCAAGUCCCAGCUGGUACCAAGUAAGGACCUAAAAGUCGGAGAUCUCAUCAAAAUAGGCAAGGGCGCCCGGGCUCCAGCAGACUUGAUAUUGCUACAAUCAAGUGAGCCAUCUGGUGAAAUAUUCAUCAAGACCGACCAAUUAGAUGGUGAAACAGACUGGAAGUUGCGUAUCGCUAGUCCCUUAACCCAGCAUCUGUCCCAAGAAGAUCUUCUUCACAAAAUCAACAUUACAGCAUCUGUACCCGAAAAGUCCAUUCACAACUUUUUGGGUAAACUAACUUUCAAUGAUUCUCAAUCUCAACCGCUUUCGGUGGAUAACACUAUGUGGGCCAACACUGUAUUUGCAUCAACCGGAACGGCAGUGGCGUGUGUUGUCUACACGGGUUCCGAUACACGUCAAGCGAUGAACACCACAAUGUCAAGCGUGAAAACCGGCCUUCUGGAGCUCGAAAUCAACAGCUUGUCCAAAAUCCUUUGUGUUUGUGUCUUUAUUCUUUCGGUAGCUCUCGUCGCUUUUGCAGGCUUCAACAAUAGUGAUUGGUACGUGGACAUUAUGAGAUAUCUGAUUCUGUUUUCAACAAUUAUCCCCGUAUCUUUGAGGGUCAACCUAGACUUAGGAAAAUCAGUAUAUGCCUAUCAAAUCGAGCAUGAUGCCACAAUUCCUGAUACUAUUGUGAGGACUAGUACGAUUCCAGAGGAUCUUGGGCGCAUAGAGUAUCUGUUAACCGACAAGACUGGUACUCUGACACAAAAUGACAUGGAACUGAAAAAGCUGCAUCUGGGAACAGUCUCUUAUACCAUGGAUACCAUGGAUAUAGUUACAGAUUAUGUGCGCGGUAUGACAAGUGGCGCAGAUUCGACUGUGCUACCAAGCGCCUCUAAAAAGGAUUUGCCAUCUCGUGUGCGCGAUUUGGUAUUAGCGCUAGCUCUGUGCCACCAGGUCACACCGACGUUCGAAGAUGGCGAACUCACUUACCAAGCAGCGUCUCCCGACGAAAUUGCCAUAGUAAAGUUUACAGAAUCUGUGGGGCUAACGCUUUUCAAGAGAGACCGCCAUUCCAUCACCUUGCUUCACGACCAGUCAGGAUCUUAUUUUGAUUUUGAUAUAGUGCAAGUUUUCCCUUUCAAUUCAGACAACAAAAGAAUGGGUAUUAUAAUCUUCGACAAGCAGAAACAGGAACAUUGGUUCUUCCAAAAAGGUGCAGAUGUCGUCAUGAGCAAAAUUGUGCAAACAAACGAUUGGUUGGAGGAAGAGACCGGUAACUUGGCCCGCGAGGGCCUUCGUACUUUGGUCAUUGGCCGUAAGAAGCUUUCUCAGAAAGUUUUCGACAAUUUCACCAAAGAAUACAAGGACGCUUCUUUAACAAUGCUCAACCGCGAGGCUUUGAUGAGCAAUGUAGUAAAGAAGCACCUUGAACACAAUCUCGAAAUACUUGGUUUGACGGGUGUCGAGGACAAGUUGCAGCACGAUGCGAAAUCUUCCAUCGAACUUCUAAGAAAUGCUGGCAUCAAAAUUUGGAUGCUCACUGGUGACAAGGUUGAGACAGCGCGUUGUGUUUCUAUCAGUGCUAAGCUGGUAUCAAGAGGACAGUACGUACAUACUGUCACCAAAAUUGGAAAGCCUGAAGGUGCUUUGGGCCAGCUGGAACUCCUGAAAAUCAAUCAAAAUUCAUGUCUUUUAAUCGAUGGUGAAUCCUUGGCAACUUACCUUGAAUACUACAGGCAAGAGUUUUUUGAAAUCGUGGUUCACCUGCCCGCUGUCAUUGCAUGCCGCUGUACUCCUCAGCAAAAAGCGGACGUUGCAACCUUCAUUCGCGAGGCGACUGGCAAAAGAGUGUGCUGUAUUGGCGAUGGCGGCAAUGAUGUGAGCAUGAUCCAGGCAGCAGAUGUUGGCGUUGGCAUUGUAGGCAAAGAAGGAAAACAGGCUUCUUUAGCUGCUGACUUUUCCAUUACACAGUUCUGCCACUUGUCAAAGUUGCUUCUGUGGCACGGCCGAAACUCGUACAAGAGGUCCGCCAAGCUAGCUCAAUUUGUGAUACACAGAGGUCUCUUAAUAUCGGUUUGCCAGGCGGUGUAUUCCAUAAGUUCAAAAUUUGAGCCGAUUGCCCUAUACCAAGGAUGGUUGAUGGUGGGAUACGCAACUUGUUACACCAUGGCACCUGUGUUUUCGUUGACUUUAGACCAUGACAUUGACGAAUCUCUCACCAAAACAUACCCAGAAUUAUACAAGGAGUUGACGGCGGGAAAGAGUCUCUCCUACAAGACCUUUUUUGUAUGGGUAGCCCUCUCUGUCUUCCAAGGUUGUGUUAUUCAGGGUUUCUCUCAAGCUUUUACAAGCCUUGAUCAAUUAGAUUUUAAACGGCUAGUCGCCCUCAGUUUCACGGUUCUCAUUAUCAAUGAACUCAUCAUGGUUGCAAUAGAAAUCUAUACGUGGAACAAAACAAUGAUAAUCUGCGAAAUCUUGACGUUCCUUGUUUUCGUGGGCUCUAUCCCUCUCCUUGGAGAUUACUUCGAUUUGCAUUUCAUGACCCAACCAAAUUUUUACGCUAAGUUGGCGCUCAUACUAGGGUUAUCAGUUGUCCCCGUCUGGACUGCGAAGGCUUUGCACAGAAAGCUCAACCCACCCAGCUACGCAAAAGUUCAACAGUUUUACUUUAAUGCUUAA